AUGCGCUUCACCAUCCUCGCUGGCCUGCUUCUGGGGAUUGCCCAAGCUGUCGUGGUCCCCAGUCACUCCGGACCUUUUUCGGUCACGAUGCAAGUCAAGGCUCUGACAGACCAGAGUCGAACAGACCCUUUUAACAAGACCGUCAAGCGGCAGGUACUUCUGUCCGUCUUCUCCCCAAUCUCAGAUGGAACCAAAUGCUCCAACGAAAUUAUCGCCUACAUGCCAUCUGUCACAGCAGCCUCAUAUGGGACGCUUGCCCAGUCGGCAGGAUUGCCAGCAAGCAUCUUUUCCUCUUUCCAGCUGGAGCUCUGCAAGCUACCCAAUGUUCACAAUAGGAACUGCCAAGAGGCUGGAAGGACGACUCGGUUCCCUCUCGUGUUGUUUUCUCCUGGUAUGGCAGAAUCCCGUCUUCUGUACAGCGUCACCGCCAAAUCGAUUGCUGCCCAGGGCUAUUUUGUCGUAACAAUCGAUCAUCCAUACGAAGCUGAAGUCGUCGAGUUUCCCGACGGUUCUGUGGUUAGAAGGAACGGGACCAUGACCGACCUUGAGGAGCAGCUCGCCGAGAUCCGAGCACUAGACAUGUCAUUCAUCCUCUCCCAACUCCGCCAACUUUCCUCCUCAGGCGACCCCCUCUUCCGCAGCCUCCCCACCAAAAUCAACUUUGACCACGUCAUCGCCAUGGGCCACUCCCUCGGCGGCGCAGCAGCAGCCCAGGUCCUAGCCCUCGACGAACACAUGCUCGGCGGAAUCAACCUGGACGGUCGUCUCUUCAACCCUGUGCUCGAAUCCGGAACGAAGCAGCCCUUCAUGCUGCUUGGUCGUGAGAAGCAUGCCGACGAGGACGAGACCUGGAAUUCUUUUUGGGAAACGCUACCUGGGCCCAAGGCGAUGGUGGGUGUUGCUGGGACGACGCACGCUUCUUUUACGGACAUCCCGGCUCUGAUUCAGUCGCUUGGUCUCCCCGCAGACGUCCAGUCUCAGGUGGAACAGCUGCUGGGGACCACCGGGGGAAGAAGGAUGCAAGAGAUCAUGGCUGGCGUCUGCGCUUCGUUCUUCACAUCGGUCUUCACGGGCAAUUAUCGUCCACUCCUGGACGCAGUGCAGGAAUUUUCAGAGGUUGUUGUUAGGAAAAGCAGAUUUUAG